AUGUCAACCACGGCGACUACCUCUCAACCACAAAAGGCUACACCCGCUUACGCGUCUCAGGACGCUUUAGGGAAAAAACUUAUAUAUCAUAAUAAGCAAAGCUUAAGUUAUAUAAUAAGAUCUGGCUUGGCCGGUGGCGUUGCCGGCUGUGUGGCUAAAACUGUAAUUGCACCACUGGACAGAGUAAAAAUCUUGUUCCAAACUAAUAGCCCACUAUUUCAAAAAUAUGCAGGCACAUGGAUGGGUGUAUUUCAAGCAAGCAAAGAAAUUUAUACAAAUAAUGGGGCUAGGGGGUUAUUCCAGGGUCAUUCUGCAACUUUAAUGAGAAUUUUCCCUUAUGCUGCAAUUAAAUUUGUCGCAUAUGAACAAAUUCGUCAUAUCUUAAUGCCAACGCAACACGAGACUGCAUUUAGACAUUUAUUGUCCGGAUCUUUGGCUGGUGUUACAUCUGUGUUGUGUACUUAUCCUUUAGAGCUUAUACGUGUGCGACUUGCCUUUGAGGUCCGAUAUGAUUCACGUUUAAGUUAUGUUUCAUUAUGUAAACAGAUAUAUCAUGAAAGUGCGUCUCAUAGUCGAAUGAUUCAUUUUCCAAUUAUGAAUUUCUAUCGAGGUUUAAAUCCUACGAUAAUGGGCAUGAUACCAUAUGCAGGAGUUUCAUUUUGGACUCAUUAUUUGUUGACGGAACUUUGUAGGACGACAUUAACAGAUAUUACUACCAAACCUUCUUUAGCUAUUGGAAAAUUAGAUAGUCGAGGUCAAGAACGAAGACCUCCAUUAAAAACUUGGGCUGAACUAACAGUGGGUGGGUUAGCGGGCGCAAUAUCUCAAACCGUAUCAUAUCCUUUAGAAGUAAUUCGACGUAGGAUGCAAGUUUAUGGUGCAUUAGAUCCAACAAAAUUUAUUGGGAUGUGGCAAACAAUUAGGACAAUUUGGUCAACAAAUGGAUUUAAAGGCUUCUUUGUGGGAUUGAGUAUCGGAUAUUUAAAAGUUACUCCUAUGGUAGCAGUAUCUUUUACUGUAUAUAAUAGAAUGAAAUUAUUUUUGAAUAUAGAUUGA